AUGACUUCUUCUCGAUCUGAUUUUGAUUCAGCAGUCGUUGGGGUUGGUGAUCAUUCUCAGCAGCCAGAUACGUUGACAGAGAAAGUAGAUCGAUCUAAGAAUGGAUGGGAAAUGUGGGUAGCUGAUGAGAAUUUGAUGAACGAAUUACAACCAAAUCAUCAUAGAAAAUCAACUUCAAUCUCUUCUCAACCUUCUCCAUUACCUUCUCCAUUAUUACCAUCAAAGCAAAACAGCAACAACAACAACAAGAACUUCAACUUCAACUUCUCUCCUAAUCAGAUUCAGUCUAUCUCAUCUCCUAAUCAAACUAACAUCUCAGCAGUCAAUCAAGAACACAAUCUGUCACCAUCAUCACCAAAUCAAUCAAACUUCAAGACUGCCACUGCAAGUAAUCAAAGCUUUUCACCUACCAACACAACUCAACUUCAACUUGAUCCAAUCUCUUCUCCUAUCACUCAACAAGCUACCUCUCCAAAGAUGAAUUCAACUCGUUAUUCAACUUCUGCUUUACCACCUCAAGCUUCAUUUGUCGAUAAGAAUCAAAACUUAACCGAACCUAUCACUAAAUCUCCUCAACCUCAUCUCGAUUCAAUCAAUGCUCCUUAUACUCAUGCCUUUGAACUUAAUGAUCAAAAAGUCACACGUGUCACUCCUCUUACUUCAUCUGGAUGGUCAAUUCCUAAUUCUCAAUCGAUCAUCAGACCUUUACCUCUUCCAAUCUCAGUUCCUCAACCUACUCCAAUCUCAGUUCCUCAACCUUUACCAGUGGCUGAAGUGUGUGUAGAAUGUAUGAUGAGAGAUCGUGAUAUGGCUGAUGUCGAUGUACUCGGUCCUGGGGUUUGGGAAAGGAAGAGUGAUGCGGAUUUUCAAGAUGCGAUGGCUGCUGAAGCUCAACUUGAUGAAACAGAUGAACUGGAAAGUCUCAAGUCUAGAAGCAACGGUGGAAUCACAAACACUUCAAGAGAAGGUUCAAGUCUCUGUAACGAUUCUUUGUCUAGUGGACUCCAUCGAACAAAUCGAAAGAAACGUUUAGGAUUCGGUUCACCAUUAACUCAACCUGCUCUCAAGACCUGGACUUCAAUCAAUCCACCUGCCGCUUCACAUCGAUGGCGUACACUACAAUUAUACUUGAAAGAGCAAGCACAUUAUCUAGAGUUGGAACACAAGGCUAAACUCACCACUCAAGUUGAAAACGAACGAGUCGAACAAGCGAUUCGGACUAGUUUACAAAACAUUGAUCAACUUCGAUCAAGUCAAGGAUCGAUGGGUGAAAAGACACUUCCGAUCCUUAAUGGAGUUCAUCAUAAGAAUCGAAAUCCAAGUCGACAGUCUACUAUCUUAUCUAAUGGAAUGAUGCUCGAGACGGUGGAUAUUUCGAAAGACGAGAAAUUGGCGGCUUCUAAAGGUCGUGCAAGUGAAAGUAAAAACCGACAUUCUAUCUCCAGUAGACGGUUUUCUAGUGCAUCAGCCACACGUAAUGGAUUCUCUCAAUCACCAGUCACUCCACUUCAUGCUUCACCCUCAUUUGGAACUUACAAUAAUAGUACAGAUAUGUUAGCCAACGUUCCGGUCUCAGCACCCCACUAUUUAACUUCAAGUGGAUCAGCAUCACCAAGACCCCCAUCACCUAGUCGAUUUAGUGUUCGAAGUGGAUUUGCAGAGAGUAUGGGAAGACCGUUUUCAAGAUGGAGUCGGAAUCGAAGAAGUACAUCCCAAUCGAUUUUAUCCUUUGCACCAUCUGGUUCGAUGAUUGAUAUGCAUAUCGGAUUAUCACAUGAUCGACAUAAUAUGUCACAAACCGAAUUAACAUCACCUCAAUUAUUUCCCAAUCAAUCGAACACAUCAGCUGUGAUCUUAACACCUCCACCCACAUCUUCUGCUAGACAGAAAAGUCGAUCUAAGAAAGCCUUGAAUGGAUUCUUGAUGAAAUUAGGUAUCAAACGACAUAAGUCUACAGAUGCAGUUAGAGUGAAUCCAACCCAACUCACGAAUCAUGAUGAACUUGAUAACGAACCAUUAGCACCACCCCCAUCACUUUCACUUUUAGCAAGAGAACAACAAUCAUCACAUCGAAGAAACCCAUCUUGUUUAUCGUUACCUAAUCAACGAUUACCUUUAAGAUCGGCACAUCAUUCUAAUGGAUUAACAUCACCGAUUUCACAAACUAAUGGAUCUAGAUCACCUAAUAACAAUUUAUACUUUUCAACUAUCACAGAUGAUGAUGAUGAAGAAUUGAUUGAUGGACCAUGUCUACCAGUAUCGAAUUUUCCAAAUAGGAGAGGAUCUAAAUUAAGUCGACAUGAAGAACUUUCAACAUAUCCUCAAGAAACAACACAAGAAGGAUGUUCAAGAAGUUCGACGACUGGUGUUCCAUUUGAAAAUGGAUCUAGAUCACAUGAACUUGAAGAAACAAAUCAAGAAGAAGUUCAAAAGAAUCCAAUGAAAUCUUCUAAUGGGAAAAUCUUUAAACAUCAUUCGAUUCAAAAACUUAUGUCGAAAUCUAUGUCGAUGCUUACAUCUUCUACACAACAGAAUCAUAGAAGACAAUCAGUUUCAUCUAAUCUGACUUCUCAAACUCAAGUUUUAAAUGCAAAUCAACAUCAGAAUCUGGGAACCAAUGAAGAAGAAAGAAUGAGUUUUUCGAAUGAGAAUGGAAUGAAUGGGAUUGGAAUGAAUUUGAAUGAGAAGAGUAGAAGAUCGGAUACUACUACACCUACGAGUACUACUACUUCUUUGAAUAAUCUUGCUGGGAAUGGGAAUGCUAGAAUUGGAAGUUGA